AUGGCCAGAGAAUGGUGGAUGGACGACAGGCAGUUCUGGAGGAACCACACUUCGCCACAUCUUGAGCGACAAGGCAACUGGCAGGGUAUGAAUAGCGAUGACUACAGUACCAUGAUCGACAUGGGCCCACUGCACUCAUACGGCACGUGGACGCAGUACGGAUUGUUUCCUUGUGUUCAACCCAGCGCAUUUUCGGCAGCCCAAGAGGCUCAAAUGUUGCAACAAGCAGAUGCAGGUGGAAUGCUCAUGGAUUUCAGCGACUGCGGAGUGCCGAUGGGAGGUUGGCGUGGUAGUGCUGGAGACAUUGGAGUACCAGGUUGGCUUGGCUGGCAGUUCUAUGACUGA